CCUCUGUCAGCUGGCUCCUCGAGCUGAACUAAUCAACCGGCCAAUCAAUCAAUCAGAGGGAAGCGGGGCGAAGUGACAGCAGCCGCUUUGGCUUCCGAGGCGAUCCGUUCCUGUCGAGCUGAAGGAGGCAGCUGACUGCUGAGGAAAUUCUGUUUCUCUUCCAUCCGGACGGAUCCUGAGCUCCUGAUCCUCGUCCGUCUGUCCGUCUCCAGAUGAACCCUGACCAGCCUCCUCCUCCUCCGUAUGGCCUCCCGCCCCCUGCUGCUCCUGUGGGUCCCUCAGCCCCAGGCUUCCCAGGCUUCAGCUCGCAGCCAGCAGCGUUCCCAGCUCAGCCCUACCAGGGUUUCCCCCCUCAGACCUACCAGGCUCAGGGUUUCCCCGGAGCGACGGACCCUGGCUAUCCCUGCUACCAGGGCCCCCCGCCAGGGCCAGGGCCAUACCUGGCCCAGCCGGGGUACCAGGGCUACCAGAGCGGCCCCCCGGGGCCCCAGUAUGGCUGGGACGGGGCAAAAGGAGGCCCGUCCAAAAACACAGUGCUGAUGAUGGACGGCGGCCAGGCGGCGGGGCGUGGCAGGGGCGGAGUCACAGGGAUAGAGGCGUGUCUGGGAGCCUGCUGGGCCGCCCUGUGCUGCUGCUGCCUGUGGGAUAUGCUCACCUGACAGCCCCGCUUGACCCCGGACCCCAUCACCCCCAUCACUCCCACGCCACCCUGACCCCAGCGCCCCCACCUGGAGACGCCAGGACCACAACGCCUCCCGCCUCCUGGCUGAUGUUUCCUCCUGUAGCGGCCUUUAACUCUGUUCAUUUUGCUCUCAUGAUCAGGGUUCCCACGCCUCCUUACACCUGGACAAUGUAUAGACCAGUUUUACAGUCAUGGAAAACACCUGGAAAAUCUGACAAGUGAUUAAAUGUCCUGGGAAUAUUAGGCCUUGUUCAGACUGCCGGCCCAAAUCCAUUUUUUGUCUUGUCCAGUUUGUGUCUGGACUGAUUUUUACAAAAGUUUUUCAAACCAGACCCAAACCUCAUUAAGAAGAGGUUUGAAAUGUGACUCCACUCAGAUUUCUGCAGAUGUGUCUCAGUCCGAACUGUCAAACUGUCCGAUCUGAGGUCUGAACAAGGCCCGGCUGAGUGCCACCAGAUCACCCUCAGAUGUUUUCCUCAGCUCGAGCCGCCGGCGCCCCGUUUCAGUGCCGCGCUCCGCCCCGCUGUCAUCGUGGCAUUCUGCAGUCACACGGGUCAAAAACACGCAGAGCUCACACUUUGAUCAACACGUUUGUACGCUGUUAGCGAGUUAACUUUUCAUUAUACAUAAAUAUUUGCAGCUUCCAGAUGUGUUACCGUGUGAUUUGGAGCAGCAGGCCUUGGAAAAUGGUGGAAGAGAAAGGAGUGGGAACCCUGAUGAUAAAGCCUCCAUCUUUUGGUGUUAACUUCCUGCCACUACACGCUGCUGUGUUUACUAUUGAUUUUUUCGCAACAGCAUGAAAAACAGGGGUUUGGACUUUGACAGAUUUCCAGAUGAGCCAGACCGGUAUGAACCAGUUUCCUGACAGUGUUGAUGCUCUCGUGCCUUCAGCGUCAGAAAAAAAUCAAAUCUGUGGGUCGUCUGGGUUGAAUCUUUACGUGUGGCUCUGCUGAUCAGUUCCGUUAUUGAUACAUAAAUGAUAAAUGUGUUUAUCAGUGUUGCUUAAGAGCUUAGAUUGUAGCUGUAUCCAACCCACAUGUGAUGCCUAAUUUACAUUUAGUGCAGUCCAGUAAACAUCAGUAUUGUUUGUAUGUAUGUAUAAUAAUUAUAUCACUGAUACCGUCUAAAUGUUUGAGACGCUUUUUCACACUGACAAGAAUAAAAGUGUUGCGGAAACUCUGA